CCUCACGUAAUCAACUGUCAACAUUGACUUUUUCCGUUCUUGUCACUUGUUUGUAGUUGAGUUAGUCGCGCAGGGGAGAAAACGGCGAUGCAGGAGAUUUUCCAAAGGUCGAUGGCAUUCUCCUGACUGCAGAAAACGGGCCGGUGUCGUCUUCCUUGGUGUAGACCCAGAGUGGAAAAAUGGAAGAAGAGGCUCUUGAUAAAAAUGCACACAUCAACCAUUUGCCCAACGAGAUCCUCGAGUACAUCAUCAGCCUCCUCCUCCCGUACCAGGAUCUCGAACAAUGCCAGCUCGUCUGCAAGAGGUGGCAGAUUGUUGUCAAAAGUGUCAUAAAGCAUAAAAAAUUGGAGUUCUACCGGGCCAUAAGCAAUUUUUGUAUUCAAUGGGUGGAUGAAGAGGAAAGUGUAAACCCUGUUAUAACCAAACGCUACUUCCACUCUGCUUGCAGUCACGAAAAUGCUAUGUACGUGUUUGGUGGAUGUGCCUGUGCAAGUACAACAUUCAACGAUCUCUGGAAGCUUGACCUAUCAACAAGGAGUUGGAGCAGGCUGCUCACGAUGGGCAGCUAUCCAUGUCCGAAGGCAUGUGCCACCCUUGUUUAUUAUAACAAUACACUGAUAUUGUACGGGGGUUGGACCUACCCUUCGCCAUAUCCCUUGCACCAGCCCUGGACUAUCUUCAACGAGCUGCACGUGUAUGAUAUAGUAGCAAAUAGAUGGAGUGCCAUAACAUCAACAGUCACCCCUCCUUCAAUGGCAGGCCAUACCGCCACUGUCCAUGGCAACAACAUGGUGGUAUUUGGUGGUUUAGAUGGACACAACAGUGUAUCAAAUGAUGUUUGGUGUCUCAAUUUAAAAACAAUGUCAUGGUGCAAAAAAGACACGUCAGACAAAAGACCCCAUGCUCGGUAUAAACAUUCGCAAAUUGCUAUUGAUGAAGACCAUUUAAUUAUUUUAGGAGGCUAUAUUGGUCCACCGAAUAUGAUGUCAAACGAUGUCUGGUUGUUGACGAUGACUGGAAAGGUUUGGGUUUGGUCGUCCAUAACUAUAAAUAAUACCCAAUGGGCUGCCUCCCAUCUCUGGUGUCAUCCAGCUUGCAAAGUAGACGAUUUUGUCGUUGUACUGAGCAGAAAUCCAGAGUCAUCUCCAACCCCUUUAGCAUACACAAGAUGGGCCAUUAACUCCCAUACCAGGAAUCACCAAAGGAGGCCUUUCGAAGAACAAAAUUUAAAUAAUGGGAGGAAUGGUGAUGAAGUAUUAAGAGGGAAUUCAAACAACUGUGCCAGGAUAGACCGAGACGUCAAUGUAAAUGGCAGAAGAGGAAGUUUCAUAUCAAGGGUCUGGAUGAUCGAUAGACCUGCGAACCCUUGGAAUCCGCGCCGUGCCUCAGAGCCUUCUUCUGGUAGAAUUUCAACUAAUGCGAUACAUUUGAACAGCAUUCGAGGGUAUAUGCUACCAAAUCUGCGGAAUCAAGAAAAGAGGUUAGAUGUUUUACGAAAAAUGGAGGAAAAGAUACGGCAAAUCAAAAAAGACAGUAAAAGGUCGAAACACCCCAAGAUGGCCAUGUUCGUCCUGAACAUUUCCAAAAUCCUCGAGGAGAAACCCGAGGCCGAUUGGCUGCCGUUGAGGAGAGUCGCGGAGGGAAGCCCUGAGCCCACGAUCUUCUACACGCUCGUCAAAGGAAAUGGUGAGCUCAUCAUGUUUGGUGGAAUCAAAAAGGACGCAAGUGCUGUCCAGUCGAGCCAGUCCCAGCAGAGCUCAGAUGAAGCAGACAUCGUGUCUAAUUCUCUACAUUUCAUUACCGCACCUGUCACUACUGUGUAAAAAAAAAAUCAUGUUUAUCUAUGUACAUUUUAAUAUUUAUCUUUAUUCUGUAUAGCCAGUAAUUAUUAUAAUUUCUUUAAACUUGAUUAUUCUGUUUUCCUUCUGUUUGGCGCUACGUUCACAAAAUGCUGUGCAUUCAAGUUUUGCAACACCAUAAUAAAAAUACAAAAAUGCAUGUACAAAUUUUGAUUUGAAAAAGAAAAAUUGUGAUUUAAGUUGAAGGAAUGUUAGGUAAAUAUUAAGGCAUGUAACAUAUCGAUAAGUUAAGAAUGGACAGCGUUAUUACAUUUUAGAAGUCUAACAUUAAUUCAGGGCAACAUUAUCAUGUACAUAUUAUAAAUAAAUGUUGUUUUUAUCGUAUAAAA